CAGAUGACAAGACCGCUCUGUUGAGAGGAGCUCGACAUGCAGUAACCGAAACGAAUGCCAGGCCGUGUUUAUCUGUGCAAACCACAUGAGCAACACAGACUCCUAUUGGUUGUGUUGCGUCUCGUUAUUGUUUUUGCCACCCUAUUUAAUAGCUCGGAGACCUUGGUGGUUUAACCCAAGAUAAAGCAAUACAGCUGCGUGUCUGCUUGCAGUGACCGUGUGAGUCCUCGCUCUCUGUGUGUGUGUGCGCGCAGUAUGGCUGUGUUUCAGAUCUGGAUACCUGUCCUGCUGCCCCUGCUAUUGGAGACCACAUGUGCGCUCCCUCCACCUUGCCACAGUCCCAUCUACUGCAGUGGAGCCCUCCUGAAGCAGGUCCAGCUGGCCAAGCUGUUUGAUGAUGACAAGCACUUUGUGGAUAUGAAGUUAAAGGAGCCUCCGGAGAAGGUGCUUUCCGCUUUUCACAACCUGACGUCGGGGGCCCCUGGGGGGAAACCCAGUGUGGCCCAGCUCCGAGAGUUCCUCGACUCCUUCUUCGAGGCCCCCGGGCAGGAGUUUGAACCCUGGACCCCGGCAGACUGGCACAGUGGGCCCCUGUUCCUGGAGAGAAUCUCGGACCCGAGUCUACGCAGCUGGGCGGCUGAACUGCACGCUCUCUGGAAAUCCCUGGGGAGGAAGGUGCGUGCUGAUGUGAAGAAUCACCCAGAGCUCUACUCCCAAAUCUACACCCCUAACCCCAUCAUCGUCCCGGGAGGGCGCUUCAGGGAGCUCUACUAUUGGGAUUCGUACUGGGUGAUCAACGGCCUGCUGCUGUCGGAGAUGAAGGACACGGCCAGAGGGAUGAUCGAUAACUUCUUUCACCUGGUCCGCAGGUACGGCUUCAUCCCAAACGGUGGGCGUGUUUAUUAUGAGCAGCGGAGCCAGCCCCCCUUCCUCACCCUCAUGGUGGAGAGUUACUACCAGUCCACUCUGGACAAGGAGUUCCUCAGAGGUGCCGUGGACCUGUUGGAGCAGGAGUACUUGUUCUGGAUGAGAAACCGCUCCGUGUCCAUUGAGAUCCAGGGCGCCCUGCACACUCUGAACCAGUACAGCGUGCAGGCAGGGGAGCCCAGACCUGAAUCGUACUCGGACGACUGGGAGCUGGCUGAAGGUUUGACCGAAGCUGGGAAGCAGGCCAUGUGGGCGGAGCUGCAGUCGGGGGCGGAGUCAGGCUGGGAUUUCUCAUCCCGCUGGUUCAUCGACGGCGAGGGACAGAACCGGGGGACGCUGCGGGACACCAGGACGAGACUCAUUGUCCCCGUCGACCUCAACACGCUGCUGUGCCGCAACGAGAGGACCAUCGCCUCCUUCCACCGCACGCUGGGUAACCUCGAGAUGGCUGAGCAGUUUGAGCUGGCUCUGGAAAACCGAGUGAAGGCGGUGAGAGCCGUGUUCUGGGACGAGUCGCUGGGCGCCUGGUUCGACUACAGCCUGCAAACCAACUCUUCUCACCAGGCCUUCUACCCCUCCAACCUGGCUCCACUGUGGGCUCAGUGCUUCUCAGAGCCCAGCGCGGGGGAGAGAGCACUCCGGUACCUGCAGGACAGUGGGAUGCUGGGGUACCGCAAUGGCGUCCCCACGUCCCAGAUGGAGAGCGGAGAGCAGUGGGACUACCCCAACGCCUGGCCCCCCCUGCAGCUCAUGAUCAUCGAAGGGCUGAUGAAGCUGAGCUCGGAGAAAGCAGAGCAGGUGACCUUUGACCUCGCGCAGAAAUGGAUCCGAACCAACUGGGCGGCUUACCAGCGAGACAAAGCCAUGUUUGAAAAGUACGAUGUGAAUGGAGACGGGAAGCCAGGAGGAGGUGGAGAGUAUGAUGUUCAGCUGGGGUUCGGCUGGACGAAUGGGGUGGCCCUGCAGCUCCUGAAUCAGUUUGGGGGGCAGCUGACAUCAGGAUGCCCUCCACUGCACACCUGCCUCUUGGUGUGGCUCGUUAGCGCCGCCCUGGUGUUCUUCAUGUGAACUGCAGCCGCUCCAAGGACCACACUGCACCUUUCCGCUGAUAGAAAAUAGCCGGUGCUGAAGACUGCGUUUGCUGUCACCUCAGUGGGAAUAUCCAGGCGAAACAUUUGAGUUUUGAGAUGUACAGAUUUUUACUAUGAUCAGAUAAGCCAUCAAUGAAUCACAAACCCGAGGGUCUUGAAUUGCAGUUUUACUGCACUGUAAGAAGAGCCUGAUUUUAACUGAACUAUCUCGAUAAUUGAAAUAUAGUAUUACCUUUUCUGAUUAAGCCAAUAGUUAGCCACUAAGUGAAAACUCUGUGUUGAAUAAAAUGAAAGAAAAUGUGAAUCACAAAUAAAAAGUUACGCAAUG